CCGUUUGAGCAAUCGUCCAUCUAACAAGGACCACUGUCCUCAAAUCCUGUAAGGCCAGCGCGCGAUAUAAAGAAACCCAUCUUCUUUAAAGAAACGCGCACAGCAUAGCCAUUCCCCUAUCCCUCCACAGUCACUCUGAGAUAUAUACGCAUCCACAAACACAGAAAGCUCGUCGCUUGCUGCGCCAUCUGUACAGUGAUGGCUACAAUGCGUGAAAGCUAGGUAGGGAUGUAAAGAAGAAAGCAAAGCAAGCAGAAAGCACAGAUCCACAAUCAUAAACGCAGAGAGAGAGGGAGAGAGAGAGAAGAGACAGGUUAUGGUGAGUAAUAAGCAGCAGCUGCAGCAGUACUGGUACUUUAGCUGUUCUUUGAAAAGCCAAAAAGCUUCCAUCGGUUUCAGUAUAGUAGCAGAAGCAGCCUUGCCAUGAGGUUCAAAUCACACUAUCCGUUCCCAAAAAACCACAAGCCUCUCUUAACAACAAUAACAAUCAUUACCGUCAUCCCGAAACUCCUACCUUAGCUUCCUCUUUUUACUAUUCCCUUCUCUCUCUCUCUCGCUAUCUUUUCCUUAACAGAACCAUGAGCGAGAGAGAAACCCAAGACUUCUUAAACGUUGACUCCUUCUCUCAGCUUCCUUUCAUCCGCAGAGAUCAUAAGCCACCUAACGCACCCAUCCGCCUCUUCGGCUUCGACUUCCCACCCGAACCUCCCACUUCCAUCGAUACCAACAAACGCCGCUGCUACCCCGCCGACGAACACACCGGAAGCCCUUCCGACGCCACAGAAAUCGCGAGGAAGUUCGAGUGCAACUACUGCUUCCGCAAUUUCCCAACCUCACAAGCGCUCGGGGGACACCAGAACGCCCACAAGCGCGAGCGCCAGCACGCCAAGCGCGCCCACCUUGCGGCGGCGUCGGCUGAAGGGCACUUGCACGGCAUGAUAGGCUACCACCGGCUCGGUUUGCAGUCAUCAGCAGUGCCGCCGCCACCGCCGCCGCUGCACUAUAAUUCUUGGAGUUUGUCGGCUGGAAGCGGUGGAGGAGUGCGGUUCUAUGGCCGGCUAGGAUCGGUGGCCCAACCCAUUAAUGGAAGCCCGAUGUUGGGGUCUUGGAGAGAGCCGGCAGCGGCGCCUUUGCCUUUGUUUAGCGGGGAUGAGGAGAGGAGGACAACGUCUUCAGCGCAAAGGGAGCGGCAUGGUUAUAAUGAGUCUAAAGAUGGUGUGAGUCUGGAUCUUCACUUGUAGUUUUUCGUUGUCGAAAUUGCAGGUGUUAGUUUCUGAACUUAAAUUACUUGCUUUUAAAAUCUUACUCGACUUCUAUGAGUGGUUUCUGUGGUGAUUUGCAGAGUAUUUUGGCUAAUUGAUAGAUGAGAAACUUUAUUCUCAUUAAAA